AUGCGGUUUUCACUGAUAUCGCUUCUUCUGGGCGCAUCAUGUCUCGCACAUGCCCACUCGCCCGCUGUGACUACCUACGCUCCUCUGCCUUCAACUGCUGUCGGUCCUCCAGUUAAUGCUGAGGGAUACCGCGUGCAAUCGCUUGGAGGAGGAGCAUACAUGCUCAGCGAUGGUACAUAUCAAUCCUUGUUCUUCGUCACCCCCAAAAGUGUCAUCAUGGUCGAUGCACCACCGACUACUGGAGAAAACAUCUUUGCCGCAAUUCAAUCGGUGACACACCUGCCAAUCUCGCAUCUUGUCUACAGCCACUACCAUGCUGAUCACAUUGGAGGGGCAUAUCUUUUGGCCAAGAAAGGCGUCAAGAUUAUUGCGCAUGAAUUGACGGAGUACGAACUCACUAUUACACCUGAUCCAAACCGGCCACUGCCUCAUGUCACUUUCAAGGACUCCUACACCCUGCAUGUGGACAACCAGACUAUUCAGCUGGAUUACCACGGACCUGUCCAUGCUCCCGGCAACCUUUUCAUCUACGCGCCAAAGCAAAAGGUUCUCAUGCUCAUCGACCUUGUCUUCCCUGGCUGGGCACCAUUUGCAAACCUAGCAGAAGCUCAAAACGCCGCCAUGUUCAUCAAAGCACACGACUUGAUUCUGAAGUAUGAUUUCAAAUACUACAUCGGAGGCCACGUUACCCGCAUCGGAGAUCGCAAAGACGUCCUUAUUCAGCAGGAAUACGUACACGACCUGUACAACAAUGCCCGCACGGCAAUUCUCCUCAGCAACAGCCCUCCCAACGCAACGAACCCGCUGUCAUUUAAUACCAUUCUUGACCCCAUCCAGCAGGCAAAUCCAAACAACACAUGGGCAGCGUUUUCCGGAUAUAUCGAUACUCUUACAGACUAUUGUGCUAACGUGACGACUGAAAAGUGGUUGGGUAAGCUGGGAGCGGUAGACGUGUACACGCGUUCUCACUGCGAAACUUUGGUGGAAUCAUCUCGCAUCGACUUUGGCUAUCUGGGCCCCUUUGGUGUGCAUGAGGGUUAA